CAUACCGGAGAGUUAGUGUUGUUUAUAAAACACCGGUAUUACUACUCAGGUUCAAGUAAUUAUUAGGCAUGACAAAGGUGAACAAUCACUGCCUUUCGGCCAUUGUCCUUGUGAUUCUUCCUUUAUUUGUAUUUGGCCAGACCAAAACGUGGUUAUUUGCAGUAAGUGGAAAUAGGCGACCCUGGAAUUUCAUUGGCAGCGAUGGGGUCUUGAUUGGAGCGGAUCUAGAUUUGAUACAGGCAGUAUGUUCGAUUGCCAACCAGAAAUGCGCAACGACGUUAGCUCCUACAGAAGCCUGUGUGCAGACAAUUCGUGGUCGGUUUUACCCAGGAGAAGGCCUGAUGGAAAGAUGGUUCGAUGCCUGUACUGGAUAUGUGAGUUCAGUGGACCGUGUCAACGCGUUACAGUUCACUAACGCUAUCCGGACCACCACCUCCACAUUUACGGUUCUUAAGGGAAAUCCAAAAAAGUUUGAUCCAGAGGCUUUACAGAAUGCUGUGAUAGUACACUUGAACGGGGCUUUUACAAAUGAACAGUGUACAAUUAGAAUUGGUUUAGGAAAACCAAAGCAAGUCAUAGUAGCUUCAGGAAUUGUAGAGGCUAAAGAACUUCUUCUUAAUCAAACUGCAGAUGCGUUGUUCUCCCCUCGUACAAACUUUAACGACCUAGAGGUUUUACCUGGCCGGUACAGGUGUGACAUCAGUGGGGUAGGUAUGAUGGUCAGGAAAGACAGUGACCUCCCCGCGUGGUGGAACACCGCCUUUGAGGAGUAUUAUUUGUCGGGUGCAUACAACAAUGCAUGUGACCAGAUCAACCAGAAAUACGGAGGAUUUCCUGUAAGGAACUGCUUACCGCGACCACCGGCAGGAAAACACCUUGUUGGCAGCACCGGAAGUGGCCAAAAUAGAAAAAGAAAGAACCAUCUCGUAGUAUAUUUCCGUCGUUAUAAUAAGUAGAGUUAGUAUAAAGUAAAUCAAAGUAAAAAUUAUGUAUUUUUAGCAAAUAAUGUCAAAGCUUCACGUUUGACUGGAUAUUUAGGAUAUUCAAGUUGUUAAAAAUUAUUACUGUCUUCGGAUAUAAGUAGAAAUAGUGAUCAUGUAAACAAGAUGCAUAAUUUGCAAAUAGUAUUAGAGAAAAAGAGGAAUUUCAUAAUCAACAGUGUCUCACUGAACACUUGACUACAAUUCAUCAAGAAGAAUAUUUAAGACCCAUUUUGAUUUA